AUGAUUGAAUGCCUUAAGUUCUCGCCACUGGCUCAGGCAUUAACAAUGGCGGAAUUUGUUCCCUUGGUUCAUCACUCAAAGGCAUACUCAUCCACAAUCUACAAUAAAGCAGAGGACAUCAUCCACUUCGAGGAAACCCUUUCUUCCUUAAUUUUGAAAUGGGUUGUUCACUCUCUUGUUCACGAUGGAGUUUCUAAGAGAUUGUUGCUAGGUGGGGAUUCUCUGAAACAAAGGGGAGACAAAGACCAACAACCACUGACUGAAACUGAUCAGAAGGGUAUUGAAGCUUUUGCAUCAAAGAAAGGUGAAUGGAAAGAAAUUGAUGAAGAAGAAAAUGAGUUCACUUUGGCAGACCAGCCAUUUAUGAACACAUAUGAUUGGAUCUUCUUGUUCCAGAUCGUUAUGAAAGAUGAAAAGAAGUAUAAGCCUAUCGUUGCACAUUUGAAAAAGAUGCUCAUCUACUACAUCCAUGAAAUUGCGAAGAUGGAUGUUAAAAUAGCAUUAGUUUUGAUGAAAAGGUCUAUUCUAAAGACAGAAGAGCAAUUGAAGGAUAUUCAGAAGCUAAAAGUGGGAACUAUCUGA